UCACACUCUCUCUCCCCAUCCCCACCCCUUCCAAACCUUCACACUCUCUCUCUCUCUCUGUCUAAAAACCACAUCCUCACUUUCUCUCACUAAAAGCCGUUUUAAUUUCUUUUUUACCAUGAAGCAGUUGAUCCGAAGACUCUCACGCGUCGCCGACUCUUCUCAGUACACGCUCCUCCGCUCCGACUCCGUUGCGGCGGCAAGGCGACACCGGCGCCGCUGCGGCGACUCCUUCCGCCACAAGAUGCGGCGCUCUCCGGUGCCGGAGGGACACGUUCCUGUUUACGUCGGCGACGAGAUGGAGCGGUUUGCGGUGAGUGCGGAGCUUCUGAAUCAUCCAAUCUUCGUGAAGCUUCUGAACGAGUCGGCUCAGGAGUACGGUUACGACCAGCAAGGUGUUAUCCGGCUUCCGUGCCACGUCAUAGUCUUUGAGCGCGUGCUUGAAGCACUCACGCGGGGACGUGACACGCGCCACCUCCUCGACCUCCUCAACUACUCCCCUGAAGAGUUGACACACUAAUAAUCAAUUUUAGCCAGAUCUUCUUCUUCCUUUUUUUUUUCCCUCGUUUUUUGGAUUUUUGUUGUAAAUAUACAAAAGCAGGAUCUUUGAGGUAAAAAAAAAGUACACAAAUGUUAGGGUUCUUCUUUUCACUUCUCUUUCAUGUUUUUUUUUAGGUUUUGGUUCUCUCGCUUACCUCCUUUUUUCGGUUGUUUGGUUUUGAUUCACGAUGUAAAAAGCUGUAGAGGAAAAUUAUUACUCCGUUCUUGUUUCGCGACCGAGGAAAACGAGAAUCGAAUCUUUUUUCCUA